AUGGCCGAGGCAAUAGGAGCAGAACAUAUGUUUAUUGAGCAAACUUUUGUUUUUCCAGCAACAACAAGAACAAGAACAACGUCUCUUCCUCUAACAUUUCUAGACUUGCCUUUUGCAGGUCCAAAAUAUGUUGAACGUCAAUUCUUUUAUCGCUUUCCUCAUCCAACCAAUCAUUUUUGGCAGAAAACACUUCCAUCUCUCAAACACUCUCUUUCCCUUACACUUCAACAUUUCUCCCCCCUUGUUGGAAAUCUCCAUUGUCCCUCACCAUCUAACAAACCUUUUAUUCUUUGCACUCAAAAUGAUGCUUUAACUUUGACCGUGAUUAAGUCCUCAGCAGAUUUCAACAAUCUCUCAACCAAUGACCACCCAAAAAGUCUCAAAGAUUUUAGUCACCUUGUUCCAAAAUUGUCACAAAAAAUAGACCUUGAUGAUAAUGACACACUAAUAUUUUCAUUGAUGGCUUUACAAGUAUCUUUUUUCCCCAACCAGGGUCUUUGCAUUGCCAUCACAUAUUGUCAUGUAAUGGAUGAUUACUUUUGCAAUUAUUUCAUGAAAUCUUGGUCUUUUAUUCAUAAAAAAGGUGAACUAGUUGACUUGAAAACAUUACCUUGUUUUGACAGACAUGUCUUGAGAGACCCAAAAGGACUUGAGGAUGUUUUAUUAAAAGGCUAUUUUGAACAGAGGAAAAUGUGGAAGAAUAAAUUACUUGUUAAAAGUCAAACAACAGAAGAACACCAAGAUUGUGUGAAGACAACUAUUAUUUUUACAAAAGAGAAAAUUGAGGGGAUGAAAAGAUGGAUAUUUAAGAAGUGGAAGACAAAUCAUAAUGAUAUUGAAGCACCAAAAUUUCUAUCUAAAUUUGUUAUAACAUGUGGUUUUGUUUGGGCCACUAUGGUUAAAACAAUAAAUAGAAAUAUUUAUGAUGAUGAAGAUGAAAAAGAUGAGUAUUUUUGUUUCGUAGGUGAUUGUAGGGAGAGACUAGGGUAUCCAAUACCAGAGGGUUAUUUUGGGAAUUGUUUAACAUUAUGUUUUGUAGCUGUUAAGAGAAAGGAUUUGAAAGGAGAAUAUGGUUUUGUCAAUGCUGUUAAAGCCAUUCAAAAUGCAAUAACAGAGAUGAAAAAUGACCCAUUAAAACAUGCAGAAGAAUGGGAUGCUAUGUUUAAAAAGGUUUUUAUGUCAGGAAAUCAUUUGUUGGUAAGUGGAUCCCCUAAGUUUAAUGUCUACGAGACAGAUUUUGAAUUUGGAAAUCCUAUUAAAGUUGAGAUGAUGAUGCAUUCAUCGAAGGAUAUGUCUCUUGCUGAAAGUGGAGACAAAGAAGGGGGACUUGAAGUUGGGUUGUUAUUUAAAAGAGAGGAAUUAGAAUAUUUAUAUUCUUUCAUUGAUCAAGGAAUCAAAGCUUUGAAAUUCUAA